AUGUCGCCUUGUGGCUCUUCUAGCUGGUUUGAUCUCAAUGUAAAUGUAAAACAUUUACUCCCACGCUUUGGUGGGAUUUGGCCAUAUAUCAAGGCAUUUAACUCGGUUUCAGAACCGGUUUGACUUAAAGGGCGUGCAUCAAUUCCUGUGGGAAAAGAACAGUUAAUAAUCGCUUGCUUUGUAUCAUCAGGCAAUAAAAAAUUAUCCUUUGGAUACUCGUAUAAAAUUUCUGGUUUGAUGGCUCUGCCCCUCCCUAUUUUUUCCCCUGAAACUCCAAUGAUCAGAAAAGAAAUAUAA